AUGGAUCAGUCCUCCUCCAACGAGCCCAACGCCGCUGCCAUUUACGAUGCGCGCAGACGCCGUGGCUCCGUGGGCACCACCCAGCUCUUCGAUAACAUUGUGUCCACCUCCAACUUCAACCGGGAUGAGGUGGAUCGUCUGCGCAAACGCUUCAUGAAGCUGGAUAAGGAUGCCUCCGGCACUAUCGACCGCGAUGAAUUCCUUUCCCUCCCCCAAGUGUCGUCCAACCCGCUCGCCACGAGAAUGAUCGCCAUUUUCGAUGAAGACGGUGGCGGUGACGUCGAUUUCCAGGAAUUCGUGACGGGCCUGUCAGCAUUCAGCUCGAAGGGUAACAAGCAAGAGAAGCUGCGGUUUGCAUUCAAGGUGUACGACAUCGACCGCGACGGAUAUAUCUCCAACGGUGAGCUGUUCAUCGUGUUGAAGAUGAUGGUCGGCAACAACUUGAAGGACGUGCAGUUGCAGCAGAUCGUCGACAAGACGAUCAUGGAAGCCGAUAAGGAUGGGGAUGGAAAGAUCAGCUUUGAGGAGUUCACAGAUAUGGUUGAGAAUACGGAUGUGAGCCUCAGUAUGACGCUGAACGAAAUCUAA